UUUAUCCGACUAUUAACUUCGGAUAUUGCCUUCCUAAUCUUAUUAGUAAGGAAAUUAAGCGGCGGUAUAAGAAUUUAUAUUAACUAUAAGGGUAUUAACGAAAUCUCUUUAAAAAACUGGUACCCGUUACUAUUAAUUAAAGAAAUGCUAAACGCUAUUUGUAGGCUAAUAAUAUUCAUUAUACGAUUUGGGCUAUACGAAUCCCUAAUCUAUCUAUCUAGACUCUUGAGAAAUUUUAUUAACAAUAUACUAUAUAAUAUUUUUGAUAUUUAUAUAAUUACCUACCUUAAUAAUAUCUUAAUCUUCUUAGAAACUUAUAAAGAUUAUGUUAAAUACGUCCGGGAAGUUCUCUAA